UUCUCCACUCCUUCUGGUGACUUCUCCUUGUGGCAACCAGGUUUACAGAGAAAGGCCGUUCCUGGAAAAGGAGAACGCCAAGAUGAGCAUGAAGAAGUCUCCCGCGGAGCUGAAGAGCAUUUUUGAAAAGUACGCAGCCAAAGAAGGUGAUCCAGACCAGCUGUCCAAGGACGAGCUGAAACAACUAGUUCAGACGGAAUUUCCAAACUUACUCAAAGGUCCAACUACCCUGGAUGACCUCUUUCAAGAACUGGACAAGAAUGGAGAUGGGGAAGUUAGUUUUGAAGAGUUCCAGGCGCUAAUAAAAAAGAUAUCCCAGUGAUGGAAAAACCAGCUACCCUGAGCUCGGACAGUGCUCAGAAGCAGCCCCGGCCACCAGAGAGAGGUGGCCCAUCUGCAAGGAACCCCUGCUGGUUUCCUCCUGCUCUGGUGAUGACAUUAAGUAAUGUGAAUAAAGACGUUCACUGAUA